AGUUUAGGGAGAGCUGGAGCUGGAAGUGGGGAGCCAGGAGCUUUAGGCUGAGGCAGGAGCGAUCAGGGUAGAGAUGACAGGUCCAGAAGGUUAUAUCCAAGUCGAGGGGAGUAAUGCUAGGUUCCAGGACAGCAGGUUUGUCACCAGGCGAGAGAUGGUGAGCAGGGUCCGGAGCCAGAACCGGAAGAAUUUUGACUCUUUAAGAUGCUUCCUCCUGCUGACCUCAGUGGGCUCCUGGUCUUGAUGGACUUUGUCUCCACUCCACUUGUGUAAACCUGCUCCUUCGAUCGUUGUUUGUUUUCAAUAUCAAUGACCAUAAUCAGCAUUUGCUCUGCAACCUUUGGUUCGAUUCGCAGUGUUUUCAGACGGUAUCUGAGGUAAAGGGGACAGGAGUUAUCAAAUCCAGGGGUCAUGUCAUCUGGUGUAGUCUAUUACACAAUCGUGUGCUGGUGAAACAGUUACAUCCACAAAUGGACCUUGAGUCUGCAGACACACGGAAGUCAGACAAACUUAAGUUUCUCACGGAGGGUCAAGUGUUGACCGAGACAGGAUCUUCACCGCAUUUGAUACAUUUUCUGGAUCAGGAAGACACACCUCUAACAAAGGCAACCAUGGAAACCCUGUCACAUCUGGUCUUGGCAUCUGCUUUACUUCUGGCCGCUUUCGCUGUCAUCCGCUGGUACAUCAGAGACUCCCAGAGGGUCGGGGGCUUCGGCCAGAGGCACGUGUUGAUCACGGGCUGUGACAGCGGCUUUGGGAAUCUGCUGGCCAGACAGCUGGACAGAAAAGGUGUCCACGUGAUAGCAGCCUGUCUCACAGAGAAAGGUGCAGCCGAUUUGGCAGCGGCGGCCUCGUCCAGACUGAAGACCCUCCUGCUGGAUGUCACAGACAGUGAGAGCAUCAGGAGGGCGGUGGAGUUUGUGAGCAGAGAGGUCGGAGAGCGAGGUCUGUGGGGGCUGGUGAACAACGCCGGCAGGUCCAUACCCAUCGGUCCAAUAGAGUGGAUGGAUCUGCAGGACUUCACAAAGGUUUUGGAUGUGAAUCUGAUCGGAGUCAUCGAGGUGACGCUCCAGACGCUGCCGCUGCUGAAGAAAGCCCAGGGCAGGGUGGUGAACGUGUCCAGCAUUCUGGGCAGACUGUCUAUGAUUGGUGGAGGUUACUGCCUGUCCAAAUUUGGAGUGCAGGCCUUUUCUGACAGCCUCAGGAAGGACAUGAAGGCCUUUGGGGUGAAAGUGAGCAUCAUCGAGCCUGGUUUCUUCAAAACGGCUGUGACACGGCUGGAUCUCAUAGAGGCCGACCUGGGGAGGCUGUGGACUCGCCUCCCUCAAGAUGUACAAGCCUCAUACGGAGCCACGUACCUUGAAGAAUAUUUGAAAGCUCAGAGCUUCUCCAUGGGUUUACUAUGCAGUCCAGACCUCUCCAAGGUGACCCGGUGCAUGGAGCACGCGCUGACGGCUCGAUUCCCUCGGGCCCGUUACAGUGCCGGCUGGGACGCCAAGCUCCUCUGGAUUCCUCUGUCCUAUCUGCCAUCAUUCGUUUCAGACUUUGUCAUCAACAUGCUUCUUCCUUCGCCCAAAGAUACGAGAGAAAUUUAGAAGACAAUCUCUAGAUUAAAACUACUGACCCGUGGUACCCACAGAUUUUUACCGUGAGCGGAGUAAAUGUAUGAAAACGAGAGAAUGAACGUCAUACAAACAAAAAAGAACACACCCGGACUUUGUUACAAAAUAGCAAAUUUAUUCAUUCACGUCUCAGCAGCAGUAUUUAAACCACACGUUUCUCCAUGAUCACAGGUAGACUUUUAAUUGGUCCUCAUUAAGAUACAAAACAGAUCAUUCUGCAAAGGAUUCAUUCACCUUGUUUAUAAAAUGACUCUCUACAUCCUCAGGUCAUGUGUCGCUCUCUCAGAUCAUCGACUACAUAAAUUAAUUUCCAUGCAACAUACAUGGGGCGUGUUCAAGUAUUGUCCCAAACUACUUUGGCCAUUAUUCCAAUAUCGUUACUAGAGAUAAAAAAAAAAUGAUCACGUUGAUUCAAUGUCACAUAGUCAGGGAAUGUAGGUAUGAGAUUAAGGAAACGUUAAGUAUGUUUCACAUGUUUGUUUUGGCUCAUGAGUUAGAAUCCACAUGGGUUUGCUUGAAUUUUUCAGCCCUGAAAUGAGGUAUAUAAACGUGACAGAUGAACAAAAUCCAUCCUCAGUUUUGUUCAGUGGCAAAGACGUCAUCAUCCGACACUUAUAACCUUUGAUCAUAUAAAUUCUGUACAUUCAGAAUGCUUUUAUACGUGUCAUUGUGUUUACAUUGAUCUAUGCGUGGGACCUAUUUCAAAGAUAUUUUCUGACAAAAUCUUUCUGUUCAAAUUUACAAAUAUACAAACAUAUUUAUUAACAUUUCUAUCAGCAGCGUCAGUGCAAAGAUAUACAUAUUGUACAUCAGAAUAAAGAAAGGAACAUUAACACAAGAAUUGGCAAGAAAUGUCAGAAGGCAUGGUCACAAGACUUUUUUUUAUCUUCAUUCUGUAGUGAUGUAUCUCUCUUUUCUAGGACAAUUUGAGUUUUUGUACACAGGCUGCAUAAAAAAAUAAAUUCUGUGCAAAGUG